AUGGAGCCUAACCGUGCCCGACCGCCAUUAUCCCUGACGCCCGCUGAAAAUGCCCUCUUCGCCUCGCUCAUCAGUGACAUGCCUCCAGGAACUGAAGGCGUCGAUGAACUUGUUGUUAAGUCAGCUGUCGCUGUCUCGACGACACCCCAGGGACCAACGCCCACAGUCGCCGCAACAGCUCUCCGGGUGUACGCACGCGCUUCUGCUCCUCCCGCACCAUCAUAUGGGCAGCCUUUCAUAUGCCCGACCCCCGCCCAGCGACGAGAAAUGGCGAAAAAUUUCUUCCCUGAUUGGGAUGGGGUAGAACAACCAGGGGAGUACGAAGAGGAUCUUGGAUUCACUCAGCACAACGUCGAACAGCAGUUUCAACCAGCUGUCUUUUUAGGCAAACCGACACAAUUUGGUCUCACGUCACCCAAGCCAGGCGAGUGCUUGUUCGCAGCAUUCGCCUACUGGCUUACGGGCGAUCCUCUCAACCACCAACACGUGCGGAACCGGAUUGCUGAGUACAUUCUUACACACCCUGACUCCGUUCCCCGGGCUGCGAUGGUUGACGAGUUAACCGGCGCCAACAUACCUUUUCUGUCAGAUGAGCCUACAGAGACUCUGGCAGAACAGUACGCUAUGCUUGUUGCGAUGCCAGGCCGUUGGGGCGGGGAUGAGCUGCUGAGCGUUUUCGCGAAAAUGGCGAAAUGCAACGUGUGGAUGCAUGUGUCAGAUCAAAAAGGCAAUUCGGCAUUCGGGACCCACGUGGACUCGUGGCAAGCGUGCGGACCGCUGAUACCUGGUGCCCCAUCAGUUUAUUUUAACUACCAGCCCGCCAGGAAUCACUGGCGCUCCGUGGUCGCGGUGCGGUCAUAUUAA